AAACUGCAGUUUUAAUUAAAAUCUAAAUAGCAUUUGUUGCUGUAGUAAAAUAUUAUGUGAAAUAAUAAUUAGACUAAUUAAUAUAAUAAUAAUAACAAAUAGAAAAUCUGCAAGCAAUAUUAAUUUAUAUUGCACCAAAAUAAUGACAACAUCGUUGCAACUAUAUCGCUAUAGUUUUACCGCGGGUGCCUUUGCUGCUGGCGGUAGUUUUUUUGGACGCGCGCCAAGCCAAUUGUCGGAGCUGCCGGCAUUGACAAGUGGAUUUGCGCCAACAGCCGCGGCAACAUACUAUUUAGAAUUACUUUUUUUGCGUGCUGUGCCUAUUAUCUUGAUGGUGAUUUGUAAUGUAUUAAAUUGGCGCUAUUUUCUAAAAGCUUUGCAAUGUACUGAACAUACAUUGACUGCAACGGUGCUUACCGCUGCCACGAAUUAUAUGUUAUCGUUUAUAUUAGGUGCACUGGUUUAUCGAGAAGAGAUUACACUAAUGUCAACGGUUGGUGCUAUAUUUAUUAUAACCGGCCUUUGGUUUCUAUGUAAAGCACAAGAGGAGCAAAAACUAAGUGCAAAACAUAAAAAGUCACAUUAAAAAUAGAAAAUAGAGUAAAUUAAUGAAAUAAAAACUUAUUUUUUUUUUAUUAUUAGCUUAUGGCUUUUGUGAUAAGUAAUAAGUACAACCAUAAGAUGUGAGGUGUUAUACAUCAUAUUUAACGGCUCUUUAAUAAUUAUGGUUUUUCUGAUAAAUAAUAAGUACCAGCCUUAGACCCUACGAAGAAGAUAUGACAAAGAGAGCAUUCCUGGCAUUCACUUGGCGAGCCUUUAACUUCACAGCGCCCAUAAGGUCAUCUGAAUGUAUCAGAACGCAGAUGUAGAAUCUUCAGACGUAUCAGAACAUUGCACUCUGCACGAUAACAUGAUGUGUUCGUCGAACACCUGAUAGUAAGGCAUGCAGGCUUUCGGUAAAGCAACACAAUGCGCUCCUCUUUAAUUGUGUCUGCAGGCGUGUUUUCGCAGAAAUCAUCUUUGCAGUCGCCUGCUUGAAGUGAAGCCGUUUCCUAGAAUCAAUUUCAAGACAGUCAGGUCUACGUAACCGGAACUGACCCGGUAUUUUUAUACAGCCAAAGACUGUCAACUGCUCAGAAUUCUGCGCUACUAUAAAAGAAAUUAUUCCUUAAUUACUUCGACGACAUAAAACAAUACGCCUACCAGAUUGCGAACGCAACUAAUUUCAGAUAUGCAGUGAACAUCAUUCACAGUGAAGUCAUUAACAUCUUUACCUACUCACUCCCAGUGAACGCCGCUUUUGGAGUCAAACUACCAUAUAUUGUCGACGAAGAGCUCGAGUUUGUCUAGAGAAUAUAGAGUAACCCUUGCGCAACCUUACUCUAUGACAAAAUCGUUUAGUAUUAUUGUUGUUGUAGUGACAACCUUGAGGAAAGUUCCGAUUCCUUUUCGUUUACUUAAAAUUCGUUUUCGUAAAAUCGGGUUUUGACGCGGUUGUAUUGAAUAAAAACUUGAUGGUGUUCUUAUGUUGGUGUUUCCAAAAACGUCCCACUAAAUAAUAUUGGGUUGCAAUAUAAUUAUAAAUUCGUGAGGGAAAAGUCUAUCCUAGCAGUCUCUUGAUCACCACCCACCCGUAAUGAGAAACAUUGAAUUUUUUAUAGUUUUUCUCUUGGUUGUUUCUUUCUCUUUUUUUAAUAUAAGUAAUAUUUUGUAUGAUUUAUUUGUUGUUGUUUUUAUCAAUUAAAUUUAAUAAUAAUAGUAAUAAUAAUUAUUAUAAUAGGUAGGCGUAUAAUUACUUUCUGUUUUGCUCUUCAUCUCAAGUUUGUCUCCUUGAAAUACUAAACAAAUUAUAUGCAAUCAGGUGAAGACAACAAAUGACACAAAAUUUUAUAUUUCUUUUUCACUGAAAUCCCUGCUCUAUCUAUAAAACACGCUUAUAGCGGCUAUUAUUUUGAACUGAUUCCCUUCUUCUCUUAUCAAUUUAUCAUAUGUAGUUGUUGUUUUGCAGUCGACAUUUUUCUAGCACAUCUAAACACUUAAAAUAUUAAUUCUUCUUGUUUUUUUUUUU